AGGCCUUGAUGCUUAAUGCAUCAAGAUGAGACCGGUUCUCAUACUGGGCAUGCGCAGAACGGUUUCCGCUUCCCUAUUUCCCAAUUGACGAUCACGACAGUCUCUCUUGUUCUGUGUGCUAUGGCGGUCCGUGGAUUAAUCCUGUCUGUUCGUCUCCACCCUCAGAAGUUUUUUUUCGGCCAGAAUCUACGCCAUGUACGUGGCGCAGCGACUCACCAACCUUUCCAGUUUUCGGAUUUGGAAGAAAAGAUCUGCACACCUGACCAGCUCCGUCCUAAGCCUGACAAUUCGGCCCUAGUUUUUGGAAAGUACUUUACUGACCACAUGCUUGAAGUAUCAUGGGAUUCUAAAAGAGGUUGGGCUAAACCAGUUAUUUCACCCAUGCAUAACCUUCAACUUCAUCCUGGAGCCAAAGUACUGCAUUAUGCAAUUGAGUUGUUUGAAGGAAUGAAGGCAUAUCGUGGAGAAGAUGGUUGCUUACGUUUAUUCCGUCCAGACAGAAAUAUGGCUCGCAUGCUGUCCACAGCAAAAAGAUCAUCCCUUCCCACUUUUGACGCUGAAGAGAUGAUCAAGUGUAUUAAACGAUUAAUUCAAAUAGACAAGGAAUGGGUUCCCUAUUCAAGUACCUCCAGCCUUUAUAUAAGACCUACAUUUAUUGCAACAGAUCCUUCUUUGGGAGUGGCGAGCCCGAAUGAAGCCUUACUUUAUGUACUUCUGUGUCCUGUGGGCCCCUACUUUACCUCAGGCUUCAAGCCUAUUUCAUUGAUGGCAGAUCCCCAAUAUGUGCGAUCUUGGCCGGGGGGUUGCGGUGCCAUGAAGAUGGGUGCCAACUACGCUCCAACCAUUUAUAUCCAAAAACAAUCUGAAUUGUUGGGUCAUCAGCAAGUGCUCUGGUUGUAUGGGCCUGAUCAUCAGCUGACAGAGGUGGGAACCAUGAACAUUUUUGUUUUCAUGUUGAAUAAAAAUGGAGAACGUGAACUAGUUACACCACCUCUUGACGGACUAAUCUUGCCCGGAGUCACGCGCCUUAGUUUGCUUGAAUUAGCUCGUGAUUGGAAGGAGUUCCGAGUAGUUGAACGAACUAUUACAAUGGCUGAAGUAAUACAGGCGCACGAAGAAAAAAGACUUCUGGAAAUUUUUGGAGCUGGAACAGCAUGUGUUGUUUGUCCGGUAUCAAGUAUUUCAUAUCAAGGUCGGGAGUAUAACAUACCAAGAUCCGAGCCUUCCCUCAGCCAGCGAUUCUUGAAGACAAUGAGUGAUAUCCAUUACGGGCGAGUGCAACAUCCAUGGGCCGUCGAUAUCUAGAAAUACUUCCGCAAUAUCUCAACUCUGAAUUCAAUUGUGGGAUGUUAUAAAGGCUACUAAUAUUUUCUUUUCGAGUUGGCCAUUGAGUACGUUAAAUUAGAGCUUUUUUUAGAAGAUCUAUAUUUGACACUUAUGUUGACGUUGCCCAAGGUUAUAUUCGUGUUCAAAGUCGCCGGACCUAGUGAAAUUGCAAUCCAGUACGAAGUUUCUCAAACAUUUAUUGCCUAUGAUGUAUAUCUGCCACAUGCGGUGACUCUUAAUGAACGUAGACGAAGUUUUGAUUUA